GAGCGGGAAAUUACUCGAUAUGGAAAACAGCGGCGACAGCAUGGACACUCUGCAACUGUUGUGCUGGUGAUCCCCCAUCCUGCAGAGUAGUUGCCCAACAGUCCAUUCAGGAAAGCCCGUGGUCGACCAUAGCGAUGAUCUGUAUUGCCCCAUCGGACUCGAUUAGCUCUAUCAUGCGGUAGAAACCUAAGGUUGGCCGGACCGACAUUACGAAUUUACUCUAGACUAGCGAUUAGGGCAAGUAUAUAACCUCCGUCUUCCACGGUGCAAAGUUGCAGUCAAGCUCUCUCGUCUUAUUACACUGCCUGCAGCGCCACGAGCACCGCCAAAUUUAUCAAGUACAAGGACAUCAGCUCAUAGUAGACACUGACAAUGUCGUCCGACAACCGCCGUGUCAAGUUUGCGCUUUUCGGCCUCGGCCGCCUGGGAGUCCUUCGUGCCCGUAUUCUCGCCUUCCAGCAGCCUCGGAUCGAACUCGUCGCCGUCUGCGAUACAAAGCCCGGUACUGACAAAUGGGCCGCAGAAAAUCUUCCUCCAUCCGUCAAGCACUUUUCAGAGCCUCAAGAAUGCUUGAGGAACAGCGGCGCUGAGGCAGUCCUCAUCUGUACCGCGACGGCUACACACGCGCCCUUGAUCCUGCAGGCCCUUGAUCUAGGCUUGCACGUUAUGUGCGAGAAGCCCGUCUCUGUAGACAUCGCUACUACUCAGGCAGUGGUCGAGAAGUCUGCUUCUCGGCCUGACCUCAAGUUCCUUGUUCCCUUCACUCGCCGAUAUGACAAGUCCUACCGCCAGGCUAAGGCCCUGGUCGAUAAUGGAGAUCUAGGCGACAUCCACGCAGUUGAGACGACUGGUAUCGACCAAGCAGACCCAAAUGCCUUUUUCGUGUCCUUUUCUGAGCAAUCUGGCGGCAUCUUUCUUGAUUUUGGCAUUCACACUGUUGACGCCGGACGAUACCUCUUAGAUGUCAAGUCAGGCCUUUCCAACCCCAAGAAGCAAGUAAACAGAGUCAUCGCCUUCGGUCAGGUAGCUGUCUACGGGGACUUAGCCAAGUAUGGCGACGCCGACAACGCAUGGGGCCUGGUAGAAUUUGCCAACGGCAAGAUUUUUAAGACUUACCUCGGUCGCACGUUAACCAGCGGUUUCGAGGACACGACUCGAUUAUGUGGCACCAAGGGACACUCUAUCAUCAGCGCGAACUCGAAUGUCGAGAUUCGGGACCAUCUCGGCAUUCGCACACAGUCUGUGCCUGAUGCGUUCACUCUCUUCGAUGCGACGUUCCUAGCUGACCUCGCCGAGUUCGCCGAUGCGGUGCUUGACAACAAGCCCAUGACCUGUCAACCGGAGGAUGCCUUCGAGGCGGGCAAGAUCUGCGCUGCUCUGCAGUACUCCUUCCGCAACGGCGUACCUGUGUAUUUCGACGUCAACGGUCUACCCAUCAUGGAGUCCAAAUAA